UUCAUAAAAUAAUUAGACUAUAGUUGACCCCCUUAUACAGUGAACCAAACAUUUCUCUUCUCUUCUUCGCAAAGUUGAUAGAAAGGGGUGAACGAAAUGCUCGUCAGAUUCAGAGGCAAAUGUGAAGCUUUAUCAAGAUUUCACUGUUUCAGUUCUGAAUAUCUCUACUCAACCUCAACUCGGAACAAUUUCUUCGUGAAAUACCUGAUCAAUUCACUCGGAUUCUCCAAAGAAGAAGCAUUAUUAGCAUCUACGAAGGUAAAUUCAUGGAAAUUUUCAAAGAAAAAUCCAGAUUUAGUACUCAAUUUCUUGAAACAAACUGGUUUAGACAACACCCAAAUGAAAAUACUGGUUUCAACAUCACCCAAGUUUCUAUUUUACGAUGUUUCCAAAACCCUAAAACCUAAAUUUCAAUGCUUGAUGGAUAUCGGGUUAUCCGGGUCGGAUCUUGUGAAUGUGAUUGCUAAAGAUUCAACGAUUGUUGAAAGGGGUUUAGUUACUCAUUUGAAACCUACUAUUAAUUGUCUUAGAAGAACAUUGGGUAGUGAUGAAAAUGUUGUUAAAGCUAUAAAAAGAACAUCUUGGUUGCUUUCGUUUGGUGGGCGGAAUGUGAUGGGAACUAAUUUGUUGUUGUUGAAAAACUAUGGUGUUUCUGAUGAUUCAAUACAAAAACUUGUGCUUAGAAAUCCGAGGUAUAUUACACAGAAGCCUGAGUGGGUUAAGGAUUUGUUGCAUAGGCUAGAGAAGGAUUUUCGACUUUCGCUUGAUUCGUCUAUGUUUCCUUAUGGAUUUCAUACGUUAGCCUCGCAAAAGAAGGCGAGGUGUGAAAAAAAGCUUGAGAUUUUUAAGAGUUUUGGAUGGUCGGAUGAUGAUAUACUCACCAUGUUUAGGAAGUUGCCUUAUUGUAUUGCUCUGUCUGAGGUUAAAAUUCAGAAAGGAUUGAGUCUUUUUAUGAAGGAGCUUGGUUUUGAAUCUGCUUACUUAGCUUCUCAUCCGUCAAUUUUGAUAUAUAGUAUGGAAAAAAGGGUCGUACCUCGGAUGCAAGUCUUGAAAAUUUUGGACGAAAAGAAGCUUGAGAGGAGAAAGGUGGCUCUUUAUACUGUUGUGAGCUUAAAAGAGAAAAAGUUCAUAGAAACUUUUGUGCUGCCCUACAAGGAUCAGGUACCUGAUCUGUAUGAACCACUCCAGAAAACUCUGGCUCCUUAACAGAUUUAGUUUACGUUUUGAUACUAUAGGUGCUGAGAUCUUUCUAAGUUUUAAAUUGUUGUCCGAAAUUCAUUUUUGUCCUGCUAAAGCAAUAACAUCAUUGAAGAAUUGUUUUCAUUUCAAACUUGUUUUGCUUUCUAGUGGACCUUACUUACUUGUGUUUUCUGGUGUUUCCAAGAAUCAUUUAUAUCUUUAUGUCUUCUUGCUUUCA